AUGGCUUCACCAUUGCAUCUCCUUAGCUUGUCGCGCGUAAUCUUUCUACUCGCAACAUUCUUCCAUUUCAUUGCUAUUAACAGUACCUCCUCUUCCGUUCAGCCAUUCUGCCAUGAUAAGGAGAGCUCUGCUUUGAUGCAAUUCAAGCAAAGCUUUUCUAUAAAGAAGUCUGCUUCUGGUGACCCUUCUGCCUAUCCAAAGGUUGCGUCGUGGAAGCAGCCUGAAGGGGAAGGUAGUAAUAGUAGUAGUAGUAGUGACUGUUGCUCAUGGGAUGGCAUUACAUGUCAUGGGGACACCGGCCAUGUGAUCGGCCUUGACCUCAGCAACAGCCGUCUGUAUGGUUCUAUCAAUUCAAGCAGCAGCCUCUUUCACCUUGUUCAUCUUCGGAGACUCAACCUCGCAGACAAUGACUUCAAUCACUCACAAAUCCCACCUGCUGUAGGACUUCUUUCAAGGUUAACUCAUCUCAAUCUCUCAUUUUCUGCAUUUGAUGGUCAAAUCCCGUUAGAAAUUUCACAACUAAACAAAAUUGUUUCUCUUGAUCUCUCUGAGAAUCCAUUAUUGAAGCUCCAAAAGCCUGGUCUAGCAACUCUGGUUCAGAACUUGACUGACUUAAAAGAACUUCACCUCAGUGAGGUGAACAUAUCUUCUGUAGUACCUGAGUUUUUGGCUGGUUUUUCUUCUCUAACGUGUCUACGUCUCAGAGAUUGUGGAUUACAUGGUGCAUUUCCAGCCGACAUUUUUAAGCUACCAAACCUACAGUUUCUAAACGUGGCCAUCAAUCCAGAUCUAAGCGGCUAUUUCCCCGAGUUCCACAGGAGGAGUCCACUUAAGUCAUUGAAACUAGGGAUCACAAGCUUUUCCGGACAGCUUCCAAAUUCAAUCGGAAAUCUCGACUCGUUGAAUUACUUGGAUGUCCAAGGUCCCAUCCCAGAGUCAGUAUCUCAACUUGUAAAUAUACAAAUGUUUCAUAUUGCUGGAAACAAUCUGACUGGAAGAGUGAAGCUAGACGUGUUUACCAUGACAAAUCUUUUUGAUCUUGCCCUAUCAUAUAACCGACUCACAUUUCUCAGCAGUACCAAUUAUACCAAGACCACUCUUCCAACUCUUUAUCAUCUCGAAUUGGCUUCAUGCAACCUGACUAAGUUCCCAGAUUUCUUGAGAUAUCAAGAUGGCUAG